UCUCUUUUGAUGGUUAGCUUCCAUGCAUGGAUUUCUCCUCCCCACCAAAUAUAGCACUACUUAUUUAGUACUCACUACAACUACAAACUAGCUUCAUUUCUUGCUCAGCAACUAACACCCACACACACACUAUUUACUAAAUCUACCCUCUCUUUUUUCUCACUCUUUUUUCAAUUUUUCAUUGUUUUUUUUUUUUUUCUCUAAUUUCAACUACCCAAUAGCUAAUUAGUGAGAGAAACUUCAAAAUCUAGAGAGAGACAAAAAGGAAAAUAAAUUAAACAAAAAUGUUUUAAAUUUAUUUUAUUUUAUUUUUAUUUCCUUACUCAAAAAAGCUCCUCUUUUUUUGCAUCAGUAGUUCAGAUCUUAACCUCGCUCAAAAACAGCAACUUCCCUCUCCUACUUUCACCUCCUCCUCUUCCUAACUUCAACAAACAUCAAAUUCCAAUCUUUUUUUAGCUCAAAUUUCCAUCAAAAUUUGCUACUUUUUUUUAUCAUUUUUGUUGUUUGAUAAAAUGGAACAGCAGAAAAGGAAGCAUGUAUGCAAGUUUUGCAAGAAGAGUUUCCCAUGUGGAAGAUCACUAGGAGGUCAUAUAAGGUCUCAUUUGCCAAAACCAGGGUAUGAGCUUAGGGAGAAUCCUAAGAAGACAUGGAGAUCAGUAGCUGCUGCUGAUGAUCAUGAACAUGAUCAUGAUCAAGAAGAUUAUCAUCACAAUACAAUCAUCAACUCUUCCUUCUCUUCAUCCUCAGCCGAGACCGAGAACCCGAACCCGAAACCAAGACAGAUGAAUCAGAAUCAUGGUAAAAGAUCAAGGAACAAUAAUUCUCAGUCAUCUGUUUCUGAGGUAGUUGAGGCAGAACAACACCAUGAACAAGGAGAGGAGGUGGUUGUUGCAAUGUGUUUGAUCAUGCUAUCUCGCGAUGUUGGGUCCUGGGGAGGUGCUUCGUACUCUUUCGCCGCCGCCGCCGCCGCCGCCGAGACUUCUGCCGUUGCUGAUUCUAACACCAGCAAGAGUAGUAAGAGUAGGAAGAGGAGAGAGAAAGUUCAGGGGAAUGGCUCUGUUUCUGCUGCUGAUAAAAAACAUGAAUCUGUACCAUCUGGGUGUCUGCAGAAACAGUUAAAAAUGAAAGGGAUAGACGUUACAGUCAAUGGGUUUGGGUCAAAUGAUGAGAAAAACAAGUCUAAAAUCAUAAAAAUGGAAUCUGCAGCUUCUGGGUUUUUCAAAGAUGGUGUGAAAAUAAAGGAAUUCGAAAAAGUUUCAGAAAAUGGGAUUUCUUCACAUGAUCAAAACAAGCAGACUCCUGAGAGUAAGAGGAAGUUUAUUGAUCAAUCUGCAGCUUCUGGGAAUGGUAAAAAAGCGUCAAAAACGUUGGAAUUCGAGGUUUCGGAAAAUGGGAUCUCUUCCUAUGAUCAAAAGAGCAGUGAUCUUGAUGUAUUUGAUUCAGAAUUCUACAGCAGUAUGAGUAAAAGGAGCAAAUUCGAAUGUACUACAUGUAAUAAAGUGUUUCACUCUUAUCAAGCUCUAGGUGGGCAUAGAGCUAGUCACAAGAAGAAUGGGGGAGGAAUUAAAUGCUCCCCCCCUCCCUUGCUGAAACUGGAGGCCGAGGCCGACAUUGGUGGCGACACCCCUCGGAAACAACCCCAACCACCACUAGUAGAAAAAACCCCUGUUGCAGCCCCCUUGUUGCAGCGUACAAGUAUAAAUACGCUUCAACAACCAGUCGGUCAACGCGGGUCAAACCCUUUAAAGGGUUAUCGCAGCGUACAUUUUAGUUGUUCGCAACAAAUGCGUUUGUUGCAGCGUACAAAAUAAAAGCCCGCAGCAACAAACCUUAGUUAUUGCAGCGUACAUGUUAAUGCCCGCUGCAACAAGUCCGCGUUUCAAAUUAAAAUUUUUACUUUCCUAGUUGCAACGUACGUACAAACCGCGCUCAAUCAUAUCUCUGUUCCUUCUCUGCUAUAGCUCCAAGCUUAUCCAAGGUCGCCGUCGAACUCAGCUCGCGUCGCCGUCGAACUCAGCUCGCGUCGCCGUCGAACCCAAGAGUUGCUCAGCUCGCGUCGCUGUCUUGGUUCCGUUGGUUGCUCAUCUCCCCGUCGCGUCGUGGUUCAACCCUGCUUCGCUGUCUUGGUUCCGUGGUUCCGUGGUUCAGCCCUGCGUCGCUGUCUUGGUUCCGUGGUUCAGCAUCUCCCCGUCGCGUCGUGGUUCCGGUGGUUGCUCGGCGUCGUGGUUCCGGUGGUAUGUUAAUUGUGAAGAUGGGUAGAUACGCAUAUGGUUGAAGAGAGGGGCGAUGAUCGUACUGCCAGCAUAAUCUAUCAUCGUGCUUGUUCGAAUUUCAACAAUUGCAUAAGAUGACUUGAGAUCCCCGAGUCAGAAAUUUUCAGAAGCUUUCGGUGAUUUGUGUCUUUUCAGAAGUUCUCAGAAUCGGAAAAUAAAGCACGUAUUUACUUUUGGUGAGUUGUGCGUUUUCUCCUAGUGUUGCGCUAAUUAACAUGUCUCCUAAUCUUGAGCUAGAAUGACCUAAAUCAAAACGAGCGGGCUUAAAUUGACCUUAGUUGAAUAAAUUGACCUAAAUUGACCUUAGUUGACUAAAUUAGCAUAAAUAUGAACCAUAACUACCAAACAAGUCUCAAAUGGCAUAAAUUGAUUGAAUUGAGUCUAGGUAAGUUAAAACUAAUCAUAUUAAUCAUUUAAAAGGAUUAAAAUGAGUGUUUAGGUUCUUUAGUUCAAAGUUGGGAGCGAAAAUGUCAUUUUAGCUCUAUAUAUGACAUAUAACGACCCAACGAGCCAUAAAUGUGCAUGAAUAGGUUCGAAUGAGUUUUAGAAACUUAAAACUAUGCAUAUUAGUCAUGUAAUAAGAAUAAAAUGA